UACACUCAGUGAAACAGCAGAAAUAAGUCGCACACAAAACAGCCAAUCAUUCGUUCGUCUCGGAUUAAGAUUUUUGCAAAAUGACUACGGAUAUUGCCCGCGAUUUGGAAGCUCCAGGCUUCAGCUUUGAAAAUUGCCGCCGAAACGCGCAGCUCGUCAAGAAUGGGUUCGUGCCGCCGAAGAUGAUCAAAACGGGAACCACGAUCUGUGGUAUCAUCUUCAAGGAUGGGGUCAUCCUCGGUGCCGACACCCGGGCCACCGAGGGUCCGAUCGUGGCGGACAAGAACUGCGAAAAGAUUCACUACCUGGCGAAGAACAUGUACUGCUGCGGCGCCGGCACUGCGGCCGACACCGAGAUGACCACACAGAUGAUCGCGUCCAAUCUGGAGCUACACCGGCUGAACACGGGCCGAACGGUGCCGGUGGUCGUGGCCAAUAGGAUGCUCAAACAGUUUCUGUUCCGCUACCAGGGCCACAUCAGUGCGGCCUUGGUGUUGGGCGGCGUGGACUCCACCGGAUCUUACAUCCACUGCAUCUACCCGCACGGGUCCUCCGAUGAGCUGCCGUACGCGACGAUGGGCUCCGGCAGCUUGGCGGCCAUGUCCGUGUUCGAGUCUCGCUGGAAGCCGGACAUGAGCGAGGAAGAGGGCAAGAAGCUGGUACGGGACGCGAUUGCGGCCGGUGUGUUCAACGAUCUCGGAUCGGGCUCCAACAUCGACCUGUGCGUCAUCCGAAAGGAUACGACCGAGUAUUUGCGCACGUACGAGGAGGCCAACAAGAAGGGCAAGCGCACGCUGGCGUACGACUUCAAGCCGGGCACGACCGCUGUGCUGCAGAGCCAGAGCUUCAAGGUGGACAUCACGGAAACCGUCGUCCGCCAUCUCGUGUCGGAGGGCGGCGAAAGCAUGGACACUGCCUGAUUGAUAGCGGUUUAAUUGCUCGCUGGGUUUGCUUUUUCCCUCAAUUCCACGUCGUCUUUGUCGGUUUCUUUCGGAAUAAAUAACUCCGCAUCUUUUUGAGAAGAUUAA